AUGCCUUCACGAUAUUCCCGUGUCGCAACCUUCCCCAUGGCUCCUCUAUCCGCUAUCAUCAAACUCGAACCGGAGGAAGAACCUUGGUGUGCCGGCUACGCUCCUUCACAGGGCCGUCGUUGUCACAUGCGCACAAAUGCACGCGGUCGCCGUUCGGCAAUGAUGCUUCUCAACGAGGGUACCAAAGACCUGCAAGCAGGUUGGAACAUCGAUAUACUGCUAGAGGAUCUGGCUCCUCAUGUUUUAUGCACAAGGUUCCACCAGAACCAGGCUUCGGAUCUCGUGCGUCGUUGGAAAAGACAAGUCCGUACAUACCUCGAUUCGCAGGUUGUUUCAACACCAUAUACACGGCCAGCAAGAGCAUCAUCCCGAAUGAUCUCAGAGACUGCUGCUGCAGAAAUGGAGGAGAAAAUUGCCGUUCUUCAGCAAAGACUCCGUGAGGCCGAGGAAAAGAUCAGACGCCUUGAGGCUGCUCAAUCUGUCCUACCGACUACUACAAACACUCGUCAUCGCGAGGGAAGAAACACGAGUGCGGUCGUCAAUUCCAGUAGCGGGGGAAGCGCAUCUAGCGAAAAUAUUCCAGUACAUCAUGUUAACGAACCAUUGAGAAGAGGUUCGACGGAAUCUUCUACCAAUCAGUCAGUGAUCCCAGUACCUCGGCCAGUCCAAACCCAGGCCAGCCGUCAAACAAGCGCUAUUCCUGUUUCGAGUCAAAGACCAGCGAGCACACCAACUGUGGCUCGCGCCUCCAGUAGAAUUGGUAACACGGUCAGCCAGAAUGGAAUACCGCAGCCAACUCGCCGGGAGGUCGAAGGAGAAUGUGGUAUCUGUUUGUGCGAUUUGCAUAGUUCGCAAGAUGGGGACUCGGACGAAGAGGAGGAUAGCGAGAGUAGUAGUGGCGAUGACCUCGAUGACGAGGAUGAUUAUGAUGGUUCUGAUUUUGAUUCUGAUUUUGAUGACGAUGAGGAUUCCGAUGCUGACGAUAAUGAUGCGGAUGGUCAUGAACACCUUGAAGAAUUGGUUUGGUGCAAGGCGCGCUGUGGAGUCAACUUCCACAAACAAUGCAUCGACCAAUGGCUAGAAACAGACAACGCUUCCACAUGUCCAACAUGUAGGAGCAGAUGGAAACACUGA